AUGGGAAACAAUCAGACAUGGAUCACAGGAGUUAUCCUGCUGGGCUUCCAGGUUGACCCAGAACUUGAAGUUUUCCUCUUUGGGUUCUUCCUGCUAUUCUACAGUGUCACCCUGCUGGGCAAUGGGGUCAUCCUGGGGCUUAUCUGCGUGGACUCCCACCUACACACCCCCAUGUACUUCUUCCUCUCAAACCUGGCCAUUGUUGACAUGUCAUAUGCCUCAAGCACUGUUCCUAAGAUGCUGGCAAAUCUGAUGAUGCACAGGAAAACCAUCGCCUUUGGUGCAUGCAUCCUUCAGACUUCCAUGUAUUUGAUACAUGCUGUCACAGAGUGCACGUGUUUGCUGGUGAUGUCCUAUGAUCGGUAUGUGGCCAUCUGCCACCCCCUCCAGUACUCUGUCAUCAUGAGCUGGAGAGUGUGCACCAUCCUGGCCGCCAUGUCCUGGUUGUUUAGCUUCCUCCUGGCUCUGGUCCACAUUACUCUCCUCCUGAGGCUGCCCUUUUGUGGGCCUCAGAAAAUCAACCACUUCUUCUGUCCAAUCCUGCCAGUGUUCAGAUUGGCCUGUGCUGACACCAGGCUCAAUGAACUUGUCCUCUUUGUGGGCUCUGUGAUUGUUUUAGUGGGGCCCCUGUGCUUGGUGCUCGUCUCCUACACACGCAUCCUCUGGGCCAUCCUGAGGAUCCAGUCUGGGGAGGGCUGCAGGAAGGCCUUCUCCACCUGCUCCUCCCACCUGCGUGUGGUCGGGAUUUUCUUUGGCUGUGCCAUUGACAUAUACUUGGUCCCAAAAUCACGCCACCCCAAGGAGCAGCAGGACAUCCCUCUCCUGUUCACCCUUUUCAGCCCCAAGGUGAACCAGCUGAUCUACAGCCUAAGGAACGCAGAUGUCAAGGGUGCCCUGCAGAGAGCACUGUGUGAGGAGAGUCAUUUCCAAUUGGAGUGA